GAAGGCUUUAGCCCCGGAAGAAGAAAAAAAGCGGAAGUUGGCGCCUUUCAACGGCGACAAAAGACAAAGAACGACGAAGACGAAGUUUGAGUUUAAAAACGUAAAAGAAUGUUGAAAGAGUUGGUGAAGGAGCGACUCAUGGCGGCGGCCGACGAAAUAUUCGCGCUGUUUGAAAGAACGAUAGCGUCGUACGAGGAGGAACUUUCUAGAAGAAGAGAGGAGAAGGCUGUUCACAAUGAAGGUGUCCGACAAGAAAAACGUCCCCCCCGGCCGGGGGCGAGGAUCUCCACUUUAAGUAAUGAGGAUCCACAGCCCCCCCACAUUAAAGAGGAAGAGGAGGCGUCCCAGGAGGAGGAGUUCUUGACCCCUCAGUGGGGAGACUGUCUUCCUGGCUUGAGGGAGGCUGAUCUCACCAAGUUGCAACUGACCGUGGUCUCCAUGAAGACUGAAGACCCUGAGUUUCAUCACAGUCCGUGUGAGGAGACCAGAGGGGCGGAGCCUCCAAGCACCAGCUCGCUACCACACAUGACAACAGGCCUGUGUGGAGCGCCGCUGUCAGACAGUGACAACACAACAUCACCCUUUCCUGAGGAUGAAGAACCUUUGAGCAGCGGCACAGACUGUGAAGGUGACAUCAGGACUCAAACCGACAACCAACACUCCGAAGAGACCGGUAAAAAAUGUUUCAACUGCUCAUUUUGUGCCAAAGACUUCCCGAUGAUGUCCAGUUUGACUCAACACAUGAGAACGCACACCGGAGAAAAACCUUUUAGUUGCUCAGUUUGCAGUAGCACAUUUUCUCACAGGUUCGCCUUAAAAAGACACAAGAGAACACACGCAGGAGAAAAACCUUUUAGUUGCUUCGUUUGCCACAACAGAUUCACUCAAAAGGACACUUUGGUGAAACACAUGCGCACGCACACCGGAGAAAAACCCUUUAGAUGUUCAGUUUGCGACAACAGAUUCACUCAAAAGGCGACGCUGGUGAAACACAUGCAGACGCACACAGGAGAAAAACCCUUUUGUUGUAUGGUCUGUGGUAAAAGAUUCACCCGGAAGGCGACCUGGGUGUCCCACAGGAGAACGCACACAGGAGAAAAACCUUUCAGUUGUUUAGUGUGCACGAGCACGUUUUCUCAAAAGUCUGCUUUAAAGAUACACAUGAGGACGCACACGGGAGAAAAACCGUUCAGUUGUUCAGUUUGCAGCAGUAGAUUCUCUCACAGGUCGGCUUUGAAAAUACACGCAAGGACACACACGGGAGAAAAACCUUUUAGCUGUCCGGAUUGCAGUAGUACGUUUUCUCACAGGUCUACUUUAAAAAUUCACAUGAGAACACACGCGGGGGAGAAACACUCUUAGUUGCUCAUGUUUUGUCUUGAAAACGGCUUAAAACGCAGCCUUUGAUAAAAAAAUGUUUUAAAAGUUACAUACACAAAGGAUAGUAAAAAUUUUCGGACAUAAUGUGUACUAAAAGACUCAAGAAACAACAAAUAAGCAGCAGUGACUGUAUUCAGUAGUCUGCGCGAUACAAUUUGAGGCAGAUGGCCGCCCUACCCUGUCUUUUUGUUCUGUUUUUCCUUUCCAAUUCUUCCUCUUGUGGGGUUUUAUUUCCUUAAAUUCUGUCAAGUUUGGUCGGAACCUCUAUAAGCCACACACCAGAAAUCAAACAAAAGAUGCAUUAAAAGUAAUUGUAUGAUUAUUGUUUAGCAGACAU